UCAAACAUCUGGAGAAGGAAAAUCCAAUCAUCGACGCUUGUUUCCGAGAUUUCUGCGCCUCUCAUGGAAUUCUAACAGUUGAGGAUUUCCUUCUUCAUGAUCUCUACCAACUUGCUGCAUUUUCUGAACGACAUACAAAUGCAGAUAGAUUGAAAGAGGGUAUCACUCUCAUGCUUUCUUUGAUAGAACUUCAGUGUCGGCCAUGGUUGAAUGGUUUAGAACUGUUGGAGGAUCUACAGCGUAAUAAACAUACUCUCUCCACCGGAGACAAAGGUACGGACUCAUUGCUUCAAGGUGGAUUCCGUGAGGGUCAGCUUACAGAACUUGUUGGACCUUCCUCUUCUGGUAAAACACAAUUUUGCAUGCAAGCUGCUGCGAGUGUGGCAGAGAAUCAUCUUGGCAGAGUCUUGUAUUUAGACACAGGGAACUCUUUUUCUGCCCGACGCAUUGCUCAAUUUAUCUGCUCCAGUUCGGAUGCUACUUUAGGACAGAAAGUCAUGAGCAGAAUAUCAUUUCACACGGUCUAUGACAUCUAUACAAUGUUUGAUACGCUGCAAGGUCUAGAGGUUACUUUGAGGUCGCAGAUGAAUGUGAAUGAGUACAGACUACGGUUGUUAGUUGUUGAUUCAAUCUCUUCUCUGAUUACCCCAAUCCUUGGAGGCAGUGGCUCACAGGGACGCGCUUUGAUGGUGGCAAUUGGAUAUUUGCUUAAGAAGCUGGCACAUGAACAUAGCAUCGCUAUACUGGUGACGAAUCACACGGUGGGGGCUGGAGGAGAAGGUGGUAAAACCAAACCAGCUCUUGGGGAAACAUGGAAAAGCAUCCCACACGUGAGACUUUUGCAAUCACGUGACCAUAAGAACAGCAACUGCACCAUCUCCAUCUUAAAACACACCUCCAUGCCUUCAGGCCAGACUGUGAAGACCAUGACUCGCAAGGAGAAUCAACAAUGUUUAUAAACCUCAUUGGCUAUCUACGCCCAUCAUCUGGAUCUGCAAGAAGAGAACCACCCAUAAAUGAGGAUAGAAACAAUGACCAGAUGGAUUCUUGUUUUGGUUUUCAAAUGUAGAAUUAUACUGCAACAACGGAAACAUUCAAUAGCGUUUUCUUCAAGAUAAAAUGUUUUAUGCUAA